AUGAUCAUCGAAAAUCAAAGAUGUUUUGGGAAGGAAAUAGCAAAUUCAACUUUGCAUCAAUCCAAGGAGAUAGGCAUAAUCGUGGAAAAACAUAAAAAACCUUUCUCCAUAAUACCAAAAGUUUUUGCAAUGAGUUUGGAUGAUAAAGAAAAUAAACUGUUUAGAAGAGAAUCAGAAAAAUUCUAAAUUGAGAUAGAAACCGAAAAGAGCAAGGAUGUUAAAAAUCCUUAAAAUGUUGAGUUAUAUUCCAAUGAGAUCUUACAACACCUACUGAUUGAGGAGAAUAAAUAUACAAUUAACUAGUACAUGACACCUGAGUAACAGCCUGAUAUCAACAUAAAAAUGAGAGCUAUUCUUGUGGAUUGGUUAAUUGAUGUUCAUGCCAAAUUCAAGUUGAAGGAUGAAACACUCUACAUUACAAUCUCUUUGAUUGAUCGAUACUUGGCUCUGGCUCAAGUCACAAGAAUGAGAUUACAGUUAGUAGGUGUGGCUGCCCUGUUUAUAGCUUGUAAGUACGAAGAAAUCUACCCUCCUGCUUUGAAGGAUUUCGUUUACAUAACAGAUAAUGCGUAUGUGAAAAGUGACGUUUUGGAAAUGGAAGGUUUAAUGUUAUAAGCCUUAAAUUUCAAUAUAUGCAAUCCCACUGCUUAUUAAUUCUUACAAAAAUACUCAACCAAUUUAGAUCCGAAGGAUAAGGCGUUAGCUUAAUAUAUACUGGAAUUGGCUUUAGUUGAAUAUAAAUUUAUUAUAUAUAAGCCUUCUUAAAUUGUCCAAUCUGUUAUAUUUUUAGUUAAUAAGAUUAGAACACCCACUUAUAAAACAUCGAACGAGAAUCAAUUAAAGCCUUGUGCUAAAGAAUUAUGCACAUUACUUUAAACAGCAGAUCUAAGUUCCCUAUAAGCAGUAAGGAAGAAAUUCAAUGCUUCUAAAUUUUUUGAAGUUUCGAGAAUUAAAGUAGAAAAAACAAACAAAUGA